UGCCGCCGCCGCCGCUGCCGCCGCCGCCAGUGGAAUCGUCUGAAAUCCUCUGGGUUCUUCUGUUGCCAUGGGGACCUCCUGAGAUGCUACGUUUGCCACUGGCUUCCCAUAUCCCACACCCUAUGGACCCACAGGCUGGUUUUUCUGGUUUGCUCCCCCCCAGGGCAAUUUGCAUAUUUCUCCAAGAACCUUCAGGAAGCUGAACAGCCUGUUUCCAGACUUGGAGAGAGGAGAGGCCAGGGGAAGCCAGCAACUGUUUUCUGAAAUCUGGGGCUGGAAAUGGCCACGUGCAACAGUUCAAGUGAGGGGCUGCCUCCGGUGGCCGAGCCAGCCGUGGAGGGGGAGCCUCAUCUGCCCGUGGGCCGGGAGCUGGCUGAGGCCAACCGCUUUGCCUAUGCCGCCCUCUGUGGAAUCUCCCUGUCCCAGCUAUUUCCAGAACCUGAGCAAAGCUCCUUCUGCACGGAGUUUGUGGCGGGCCUGGUGAAGUGGCUGGAGUUGCCUGGAGCCGUCUUGCCAACCAUGACCGCUUUUGCCAACGGCCUGGGAGGCGAAGGAGCAGACGUGUUUGCUGCCAUUUUAUUGAAGGACCCCAUCUUGAAGGACGACCCAUUGGUGAUCGUUCAGGACCUUCUGAGCUUCUCCCUCCAGGAUGGGUGUUAUGAUGCACGGGCCCGAGUCCUCAUUUGCCACAUGACCUCCCUCUUCCAAGUGCCUGUGGGGGAGCUGGAUCUCCUUGAAGAGACGUUCCUUGAGAGCCUGAAGGAAACCAAAGAGGAGGAAUCUGAAACGGCUGAGGCAUCCCGGAAGAAGAAGGAAAACCGGAGGAAAUGGAAACGCUAUCUCCUGAUAGGCCUGGCAACUGUCGGAGGCGGGACGGUGAUCGGCGUCACCGGGGGUCUGGCUGCCCCUCUUGUUGCCGCCGGCGCUGCGACUAUCAUCGGCAGUGCCGGGGCAGCGGCUCUGGGCUCAGUGGCCGGCAUCGCUGUCCUGACCUCGCUGUUUGGUGCGGCUGGAGCCGGCCUGACAGGAUACAAGAUGAAGAAGCGUGUCGGGGCCAUUGAAGAGUUCACAUUUCUGCCUCUGGCAGAAGGCAGGCAGCUGCAUAUCACCAUCGCCAUCACAGGGUGGCUGGCGUCUGGCAAAUACCGUACCUUCAGCGCCCCGUGGGCGGCCUUGGCCCGCAGCCGCGAGCAGUACUGCCUGGCUUGGGAGGCCAAGUACCUGAUGGAGCUCGGCAAUGCCCUGGAGACCAUCCUCAGUGGUCUCGCCAACAUGGUAGCCCAGGAGGCCCUGAAGUACACAGUGUUGUCUGGCAUCGUGGCUGCCCUGACCUGGCCAGCCUCACUCCUCACUGUCGCCAACGUCAUCGACAACCCCUGGGGUGUGUGUCUCCAUCGAUCCGCAGAGGUUGGCAAGCACCUGGCCCACAUCCUGCUCUCCCGGCAGCAGGGCCGGCGACCUGUCACCUUGAUUGGCUUCAGCCUGGGAGCCAGAGUCAUCUACUUCUGUCUGCAAGAGAUGGCUCAGGAGAAAGUUUAUCCACGUGGAUUUUUCCAAGGCUGUAACACACGCUGCUUCUGACCUCGCUCUAGGACAGUAACGUCUUCGGAUGGCAGCUCCCAGGGGAGGAAUGAUUCAGCAGAACGUGGGAUUGUUUGCUGCCUUCGUCCAAACGAGUGGGGUCUUCCUGCCAGGCUCGGCUGCAGAUUAGGCCCCUGGCUCCCUUGGAAAGGCAUUCGCAUCCUCCCGGGGAUGCAGACACCCUUAACUUUGGUGGUUGCCACCUGCUAAAAUGCAUUUAUUCACACACAGAACCUGGGUUGUCAUGGUUGUGUGAAGAAGGCAAGGAUUGGAGGGCUUGCUCUCGCUUGGGGCCCGGCCUCCCUGCUCCACCGUCAACCCACGGGGCAGAGCCACCAGCUGACCCAGCUCCUCCCACAGACUGGCCACCAGCCCCUACGAGAUGAGUCCUCUUACCUUUCCAGGGCCUCCAGAAACCAACCCGUCUCCCCAGCCUGGCUUUCCUACCGCCUGGUCUAGCCAUUUGUAGACUUGCUUUCCUCCUCCUCCCUGUGUGGGGAAUGAGGAGGGGUAAGCUUUAUGAAAAGCCAUGGAAGGGUCUGCUAACAACUACCCAGCAGGCCACUGUUCUCCACACCACCAGGUUAAGAUCAGGGGCUCAGGGUCAGAAAGCCCUGGGUUCAGAUUCUGCCUCCGCUACCAACUCUGUGACCCUGUGCAGAGUACAUAAAUCCUUCAAGCCUUCCUUGUGAGUAAGAGCUAAUGCUACCCACCUCAUGGUGAUGUAUCGAGAAAACAGCACACAGGAGGCACCUAGCACGAGCCUGGCACAUAGUAAAUGCUUGCUAACUGGCUAUGGUACGGUCGGUGGUUUGAGCCUCGAAAGCAUUAAAACAUCGUAAGGGGCACUUAACACUCCAGGCCAUCAUAGUUGGACGAUCCAGGGGCAUUUCACAGCGUCCUCUUGGGGUCGGUCAGCAAGGCCUUCAUUCUUCCAUCCCAUGAACACCAGAAAGUACAGACUCCUACGCGCAGGUUCCGAGGGAUUGUUUGGAAUCGCCUGGUUCAGACCUCUACACAAACGGGAUCUCCUUGGCAUCAUCCGUCAGAGGUGCCUUCCAGCCUCUGCUUACUUGCUUCUGGUGACAGGAAGCUUACUACUCUGCCCAGGAGUGGUUAGGAACUUAGGAAUGGCUUGACUUCAUCUGCGCAUCCAUGGCUUGUGGGCAGCGGGACAUCGGGCUCUGCCCCAGGGCAUCUGUUCAGGCUGCUUGUGCUCAGAUGUCAUCCAGAGUGGCCGCUGGCACCACGAUGAAGCCCCGAGCGCUGCAGCAGCACCUGGGCGGCCAGCACAUCCCCAGGUCGGUUCCUAGGCUUUUCAGAAACAUGAUUGUGUCCGUUUUGCACCCAGAGCUGAUCAGAGUCCCAUUAAGCCAACUCACAAGAGACAGCGCUGGGAACUGAAUGCUGAUUCAUUAGGCUCACCAAUAAUUGUCACCCUCAAGCAGAUGGAGCAGCUGUCCCUGCUCGCUGCCCAGUCUCCUGGGAAAACAGAUUCUCUGCCAGAAUUUCUAUGGUGAGCACAGGGAUGGGGAGGGGACGGACUCUGGGAAUGUUCCUUUUCCUGGCCAUGAUCAGCCCUGAUGACCAUCCCAAUCUCAUGGACAGAUUGGCCCUCUAGUGGCCAUUCCCAGUUUCCUUCCCCCACCUCUGCCACCCCAGGCCUCCCCACACUCAGAAUUUUGUAUAAAUAGGUCCUGUGUAUGAGUCCUGCUUAAUAACAAUGGAAGAAUCCAGAUGAUGUGCAGUGAGGGAGCACUCCUGGGGGGGAGGGGGGGGUGGAUUCCAUCCAAGGAAGAAAACACCCCAAGUCCCACUGAUUUACAUAUUAAUUGACCAUCUCGGUUCACAGCACUCUGUAAUGGAAACUCUUGGGGUUUUCCCCUGUAUCUAAGAUGUCCGUGAUCAUCAAGGCUGCUUAGCCAGUAUCCUCAAACUGCUGUCUUUUAGAAAACAGCCAGGCCUGCUUUGCAGCAGAAGAUUAAAACGUUCCUACCUGUGGGGUCAGUGUGUCCCCCAUACUUGGCGAUUUAAUGACAGGGUCUGAGAUUUGAGGCCCCUGUCCCUGCCCCCCCCCCAACACAGCAUGUCCCCGUGUGAACUCUGACCUUUCAGGUCUCUCGAGGGUUCUCCAUUAUUCUUUAUUUCUUCCAUCUUUUGUUGACUCAUUUUCUCAGACAUCCAUUUAUUAAUUUACGCAAAUCCACAUCUCCUUCCUCAAAGGACUUGCAGGACUUCUCGGCAAAUACAGCCUCAAACGCAGCAACUCAGGGUUAAAUGUAAAACAUCGGGAGCACAAAACCCGGCACCUGUGAAUAGGGGCCUGAGCCAAUCCGGAAGUUCGGAUGCAGGGGAGCAGGGCCCGGCGCCGGAGGAGGCUCAGACCCUGCCGCCAGGCCUGGAUCUGAAUACUAGCUCAGCAAAGAGGCGUGUGCACUUAGUCCCUGUGCCUCGGUCCCCUCGCCUGUGAAACGGGUCUAGUAGGACUAGAUUAAGGGGAGUGAUAUACGUAAAGCACUUAGCGGAAUGGCUGGCCAGUAGUUGGCAUUCGGUAACCACGAGUUUUGUCA